AUGUUCGCUGUCCUGGACGAGGACGGCCGAAACGACCACCCACCACCCAUACAGACCGAGGGCAAAGCGGGGAAAAAGCGUAGAACGAUCCAAGAAGUUGCGGACACGAUUAGAGAGGCGAAGGUAGCGAUCUCGAACGCUGAGGGCGCACCCCAGGCUGCUGCACAGGAACCCCCCACUGCCGAUUGCGCAGACCCGGAAAUGACUCAAGGCACCCCAAACGCCACCCAGCUCCCCCCCGCCAUACUCCAAGGUCUCCACGCUCCCAUCCGAGCCCACCCCGGCGCCAGCCAGGAUGGUCCAGCCACCCACCACGGUACGGACACCGUUACCCAAGGGACAACGACCACCGCCCACGAAGCCACGUCCCCCCAGAGCGAACCAACGACUGCAACCGGCACACCGACCAUCAUCCAGAGCGCGCACACCCCCCACCGGGCGCCCACCGCCCAACGUGCCGCCGCGUUGACCACCCCUGACACCAGCACCACUACCACAUCUCCUGCCACCGCGACCGCCCCCCAGACUGACGUGACUAAUAGAGCUUGCGGCGCCGACGCCUCCACCCCAGCCCAGCAGGAGACGCCUGACGUUGUCCCGCCCCUAAAGUGA